CUGAGGUUGGAGACAUAGGGAAAAAAGGGGUCGGGCAGGACCAUGAAGACUUCAGGAGGCGCACACAGCGAGCUGCACUACUGCUGCACCCGGGAGCGGCGACUGUGCCCGCCGCCUGCCCGCCGCUCCGUCAGAUCUCCUCCUCAGUAUCUGGCCACUUUGUACUUCUGUGCCCAUUUCAUCCCUUUACCCAGUACUGCAGGGUGCCACCGAGCUGUUCAGAGGUGACUUUAUAUAUCUUUUUUUGUUGUCCCGCAACUUGCCCCAAUGGAUACUAUUGAAACGGCAGUCGUUGAAGUACAUAAAGAAGCUCCACGCAGCGAGACACUGAAUGGCUUCCCAAGAUCUGUUUCCUCCAACAGUGAAGAUGACGACAAAAAUGUUAAGUCUAAAAGUAAAGGUUUACCCAAUGGUCUACGAAAAGGAGCAAAAAAGUAUCCAGACUAUAUUCAGAUCAGUUUGCCAGAAGACUCUAAAAACAAAUAUCCUCUAGAAUGGUGGAAAACUGGCAUUGCAUUUGUCUAUGCUCUCUUCAAUAUGGUCCUCACCACGGUGAUGAUCACAGUUGUCCAUGAAAGGGUUCCUCCUAAAGAAGUGAACCCACCAUUACCAGACAAGUUCUUUGAUUACAUUGAUCGUGUAAAGUGGGCAUUUUCUGUCUCUGAGAUAAAUGGAAUGAUACUGGUUGGCAUAUGGUUUAUCCAGUGGCUGUUCCUCAGAUAUAAAUCGAUUGUGGGCCGCAGGUACUUUUUUAUUAUUGGGACUUUGUACUUGUACAGAUGUAUUACAAUGUAUGUUACAACCCUCCCUGUGCCCGGAAUGCACUUCCAGUGUGCCCCAAAGUUAAAUGGAGAUUCAUAUGCCAAAGCACAAAGGAUCCUACGACUAAUAACAGGAGGUGGACUGACAAUAACCGGAUCUCACAUCUUAUGUGGAGACUUUUUGUAUAGUGGUCACACGGUGAUUCUCACACUCACCUACCUAUUCAUCAAAGAAUAUUCGCCACGUCACUUCUGGUGGUAUCACAUAGUCUGCUGGCUGCUGAGCGCUUCUGGAGUGAUCUGCAUUUUAGUUGCACAUGAGCACUACACUGUGGAUGUAAUUGUGGCUUACUUUAUAACCACCAGACUCUUCUGGUGGUAUCAUGCCAUGGCUAAUGAAAAGGCAAUGAAGACUUCAUCCGCAACUAAUCUUCUUUCUCGGACUUGGUGGUUUCCAGUUUUUGCCUUCUUUGAGAAGAAUGUUCAUGGUUGCAUUCCAUGCAGCUUCUCCUGGCCCAUCUCUUGGCCUCCCGGUUGCUUCAAAUCUUCAUGUAAAACCUAUUCCAGGGUUCAGAAGACAGGGGAGGAUGUUGAAAAAUGCACCUAAACCAAUGAAGGGACAAAAACUUAAAAACAUUUUUUUUCUUAACCAAAGGAAUAUCUUCUUGUACAAAGAAGCUGUAACUGUAAAUAACAAACUGGACCAAAUGUUAUAUCUUUGAUUACAAAGGUGGUUGCACACCAGAUACACAAGUAUCACUCGCCCUGUCUUUCAACACAUUCUUUUACGAUUGCACUACAUUUUUUGGAUCCCCAUCAGGUGAAGACUGGCGAAGUCUAAGUAUAUGUUUGUGAACCCCAUUGGGCUGUUUGAUAAAUUGCUGUUAGAGAAUGUGUUUAUACUAAAAUUGUCAACUCUUUAUGGACCUCUGGCCUUUACCGCUUUUCUGUCAUUUUUUUUAAUUAUGUCCUUAUGCGAUAAUUUGGGGGCCUUGUGUAACAUUUGCGGGUAUUAUCUCAAGUAAACACAUUUAGGGUAAAAAGGGAUAACAACUAUUCUGACUUGGGUCCACACAGAAUAAUUGUACUGUAUUGAGUUAAGGAUUACCUGAACUACAUGAAAAAAAAAAAAAGUCUAAAUUGUAAAAUUUUUAAAACCUGAAUUUGCCACAGCACAAGCAAAUGUGUACCAUAUAGAACA